AUGUUUGUGCAAGUGGCUCGGUUGGGGCCCGCCUACUGGGACUGGGUGCACCGACCCUCCUCACAGCGUACCUUUCGCAUGUUUCGCUACGACUUUUUUGAAUUUUUCGCCGCAACCUCUUGGUGGGCCAUUCCAGUCGUCUGGCUUCCAAUCAUUGCCUUCCUCAUGUGGCGAGCUACCGGCACUGCUGCCCUGUCCCAAGCCAGCAUCAUCGUCUGGUUCAUGGGAGGCUUUCUGCUCUGGACCUUCUUGGAGUACAUGUUGCAUCGCUUCCUCUUUCACAUCCUCUUCUCCCAGUCGCACUUUUUUAUCACCUUCCACUUUCUUCUGCAUGGACAGCAUCACAAGUUCCCCCUUGACAAGGGUCGCCUCGUCUUCCCGCCCGUGGCAGGCUUUAUGAUGGCCUCACCGUUUUACCUGCUAUUCCGGUCUCUUUUGUCUGCCCCGACCGCGGACACGUUAAUGGCUGGUGCCCUCCUGGGCUACGUGUCGUACGACCUCAUUCACUACUAUCUCCAUCAUGGUAAACCUACGCUGGCCUACUUUCAAGAUCUCAAGGAUUAUCAUCGUCGUCACCACUAUAAGGAGCCCGAUUUGGGCUACGGUAUCAGCAGCAAACUGUGGGAUUACCCGUUUGGCACUCUUUUAGGCAGUAAUGGUACCAAGCAGUGA